AUGGAUCUGGUCAACCAUCUCUCCGACCGACUGCUUUUUGCGGUCCCCAAAAAAGGACGACUCCAGUCGGCGACGCUCGACCUCCUCUCGGGCUCCGAUAUACAAUUCCGGCGCGAAAACCGCCUCGACAUAGCACUGGUGAAGAACCUUCCGCUGGCACUCAUUUUCCUUCCAGCAGCAGACAUCCCCACCUUCGUAGGCGAAGGUCGCGUCGAUCUGGGGAUCACAGGCCGCGACCAAGUCGCCGAGCAUGACGCGCAUCUAGUGCUCGGCGAAGCAUCCGGCGUCGAGGAGAUCAUGGAUUUAGGCUUCGGAGCAUGCAAACUACAGGUGCAGGUCCCGGAGAAGGGACCGAUCCAAGACGUCAAGGAUCUAGUCGGUAAGAACAUUGUCACCAGCUUCACGGGCCUCGCAGAAGAUUACUUUGCGCGGCUGGAAGGCAUGGGAUCACGAAAAGAGAGCAUCAACGGCACAGCCUCGCCAAUUCCAAAGUUAAAAACGAAGAUUAAAUUCGUGGGCGGUAGCGUUGAAGCUGCAUGCGCACUAGGUGUGGCCGACGGGAUCGUUGACCUCGUCGAGUCCGGCGAAACCAUGCGCGCCGCGGGGCUUAAAGCCAUCGACACAGUCGUCGCCUCCACCGCUGUACUCAUUAAAUCCAAAUCAGUCAGCAACGAACAACUCGUCGACAAGAUCGCCGCCCGGAUACGUGGCGUAAUCACCGCGCAGAAGUAUGUCCUGUGCCAGUAUAACGUGCCGAGAGGGAAGUUAGGCGACGCAUCGAAGAUCACUCCUGGCAAGAGGGCGCCGACGGUGACGGCGCUGGAGGAGCCGGACUGGGUGGCAGUGAGUUCGAUGGUGGAGAAGAGUAAGAUCGCAACAGUUAUGGAUGAGUUGACAGGAGUUGGAGCGACGGAUAUCUUGGUGUUGGACAUUGCGAAUUCGAGAACAGGGUGA